CCAGCAACCACAUGGUGGCUCACAACCAUCUGUAAAGAGAUUCGAUGCCCUCUUCUGGUGUAUCUGAAGACAGCUACAGUGUACUUAUAUAUAAUAAAUGAAUAAAUCUUUUAAAAAUAUUGUAAAAAAAAAAAGAAUGUUAUUCCUUUUUCCCAAGUCUUUGAUUACUUUUUUCUCUUUAGGAGAAUUUCUUCUGUAGCUCAGGCUUGCCUCUUCUUUGUCAUUUCUUAGAAUAGCUAAUCCAGCCUCUGCUGCCCAGUGCCUGAACAGAGUCUUCACAUCCUUCCCAGUUGAGCUCUGAGUAAUCAGUAAGAAAAAAGAGACAAUUUGAAUGAAUGUCCUCCCACCUCCCUGACUUUCUUGGGGAAAGUAUAAAUAAAAAAGGAUUUCAGUAUGAAUUGAGUUUGCUCAAAUUUGAAGCUUUUUUGAUUAUAACAAAGAAAGGGAGGGAGAGUCAGGAAGAAGAAAGCUUUCUUGCUUUGACAGUAGUUUGCAUUAUCACUGGGUUCUGAUGUUAUCAAUGUUGUAUGACCAAUAAAAUUCCAACCUGGAAAUAUUAAGGGGUACACAGACUAUGUCAAUCAAGAAUCUAGAUAAGAAAAUGGAUUAUUUUUCCAAACUACCUAUCUAUUGUUACACAAGUUCAACCAACACAGGAGGUCUUGACAAAUUAGUGUGUCUGUGCCUAAUACGAAUGUUAAUAUUUGAAUUUUACAGUGCACAUCAGAGAGAAAUAUGUGAGUCAUAACUGGUCUGUUCUGGAACAUAUGUCUGAUACAUGGAUAAUUUCCUACCAUGAAGCCUAUUUCAGUUUUUUUAAAGUAAAUUUAGAGAUUAUAAUUAAAUCAUUUAAGAUUAUACUUUGUACUAUUGUGAAGUCUCAAACUCUGGAACAAAUGGCUCAAGUCCCUACCUAACAAAGGAAAGCUGGCCAGUAUGUCAGUUUCCCCAGAAUCCUUCAGUCCCAACUUGUUACUGUCUGUGACUGGCAAAACCACCUCACAGCCCAGGUGUUGGAUUGCACUUCUACCGGCUGCCACCCUAAGUCAUUACAUCAUCUUUUCCAUCAAUCAUUUUACCACCUCAUCUUUUCAACUGUUUUUUCUCCUCUCCUUCCCCUCUUCACAUGACUCAUGUUCCUGUUCACUUGGAUUCUCUCAGAUCUCCCUUCCUCUAAGUCUACUCUCCUCUUUAUCCAUAAUAACUUUCUUUCCAACCUAUUUAGGAGCAGCCACGUACAGUCCUGGUUGGUUCUUUUUCCAUUCUCCUCCCAUUGAUAGCUAUUUAACAUUCAUGGACAGUUCUUACUUCAAUUGUUGUUACUUUUUGAAUUUGACUGAAAUUUACCUGGACUUCUCAAGAUCUGAGGUAGAGAUGCUGCACUGGACAUUGAGUAUGUAGGGAAAAGUGCAUACAAAGACCCUGAACCUUGCAUGAUGAACAGUCGCCCCUGGAACGUAGAUGAUUCUAUGGAAAUAAAGGCUUCGGCUAAUUCUGCCCCUAAAGUCAAAGGUAGGAUCUGGGAAGGCUGUUCUUUCUGACUCAUGUGAGCUCCAGUCUUCCAUCAAAGAAGGUGAUUAGGAGCACCAGUGGGAGGUACCUUGCAGGUUCUUUCUUGGAUUGUCCACUGAUGCAAUUCUAGGGAGCUAUGAAGGAUGCUUUAAGCUGUGCCAUGGUGUGUCUGGGAGGAGGGACUCAUGAGGCAACAGGAAGAACAGGAUGGCUACUGUGUCCAAUUCUAAUCUGCUGGGUCUGGGAUGGACUGGGAUGACCAGUUGAUCAUUCUAUUGUUACACGUGAUAACCUAGGAAGAAGACCUUGGACUUUGAGACUCACUCACUUUUGAUAUUGUGGGGCAGGGGAGACCCUACAACUCUGGUCACAGGAAUCUGUGUUGCUUAUGAUAACAACUGUCCAUUGUACAUUUUAGGCAUUGCUUUUUGUGUGCAAUGAGAAGACACUUCUUUUUUUUUCUUAAUAAAUAACCAGCCUUAGAUGGUAACACACAUACACACACGCGCGCGCGCUCGCGCUUACGCACACACAUGACGUAUGAGAUCUGUAACUGUCAAAAUCAUGCUUUCCUUGUCUUCACCAUUACAUUUUUCUUUCAUCCUUAUUUUUUCUUUUUUUCUUUGAACUUUCAUUCAAGUCAUAUUAAAUUAAAUGUUUUCGUUGAAAUCAGAUUCUUUUCUCAUACAGUUUGUCAGGACCACUGAUUCUCUUCCCUGCAUUUGUUCCUGUUACCACUCCUCCUCUUGUAUAUUCCUCUCCCCUAGCUCCUCACCCCACCAGUUUUAUCUUCAGAAUAGAGCAGAUUUCAUAGAACAAAGGAAAUAGAAAAGACAUGGUGAAAUUCCUCUGUGUGAAGCUGGACAUGAUGAGCAAACAGGAAGAAGAGAGCAUUAAAAUCAAGCAUACCUCGUUCCAGUGUUAGGGUUACCACAAAUCACCAAGCCCCAUGUAAGCCCCAUUUUUGCCUUUUAAGUCUCUAGGAGGUUCCUGAAAACCCAGGCAGUGUAGGCACUGUGUUCUUUCUGAUGUCCAGCUCCUCUGAGUAAACCAAAUAGUGGUUGGCCACUCAAAAUGUUCAUUAUCUCCUUGGCUCAGCACCUUUUGCAGGCAGGAUAAUGUAGAUGGAGGAUGUUAUAGUUGUAUUGUGUCCAGAAUUAUCUUUCUGUGGCCUGUGAACUCCCUUCUCUCCACAGAGAGACUAGACAGGGGUGAAGGCUCCAAGCCUGCACCUUCUUGAUUUUCACAUUGAGUGGAACUUGUCCAUAAAAAUGUGGCCCUGUGGUCAGGUUACAGAGAGCAAAAUCAUUUUCCUGGAAUCAACAUGGGUAAUUUAGAGACCUCUUUGACUCACACUACAAUGAAUGAACUGUAAACCUGUCUCCAGUACAUAAUCCUUGCUGUUUAUAAAGAUGGCUACUUCAGACUUGGUCCUCCAUUAAUAGUAGUGGUUCCUAGGGUCACUCUCAGAAUUCCUUGAAUGUUGCUAGUACUUUAAGUUGCUUUACUACUCUGCAAAUGGCCUCUAAUUCCAGCUCUUGCUCCCUGUACCUUACUCUGUUCCUACAUUUCCCCUCCAAAUGAUCCCUACCACUUCCCAUUUACUUCAGUCUACCCACAGAGUCUAUUCUAUUGUCCCUUAUCAGAAAAAUGCAUGUGCCCUCUUUAUAUGCCUUCUCCUUAUAUCACCUCUCUGGGUCUGUGCAGGAUAUCUUAAAGUUUACCUAAGAGCUAAUAUCCACUUAUUAGGGAAUGGCUAACAUUUCUAUCAUUUUGGUUUGGAGUACCUCGUUUAGGGUGAAUUUACUCUGAAAGACCCCCAGAGCGGGGAGACCCUCACUCAAGUCUCGGGAUGACAUGACCUCCAAGAACUCACGUAAGACAGUCCUUGCUGUAAUUUACACGAGGAUUAUUGAUAGGAACCAGUGCACUGGGGUCGAGACUCAUAUCCCACGCAGGGGCAGUGGAGUUUGACCCGGAGAGGCUGGGAGAAGAGGUAUUUAAAGGAAGAAACCACAACCCAAGGGGGUAGGUAGGGCAUCAUUGGAAAAUGUUGAGAAUACCAGUGAAAAAUCACAAGGAAAAGUUUCCUUUUUCUCAAGAUUGUUUAACUUUAUGAUCAGCUAGUCAGUUCCUGAGAGAAGCUUCCUGCUUCUCAAGAUUGUUCUCUAAGAUUUUAAUCUAACUUUAUGGUCAGCUAGUUCCUGGGAGAGAGUUGUCGAACCAGGAACUGGCUGAUGUAAUUACCUAUUCUAUGGUCCUAGGAGAAGCUUCCUGGAACAUACAAUCUCAGGGCCUAACCUGUUUUUUGCUUCUACUCUGAACUGUUUUAUGGGGUUGGGGGCAGGGGGAAGCAACCUUAAAACUUCUACCUUUCAACUCUAGUUGCAAUCAUCAGCCUGUUGUCAUGUAUUCAGUUUUAUGUUGUCUUUUUUUAGCAACUGAGUGAUACUCCAUUGUAUAAACAUAACACAUUUAGUUUAUCCAUUCUUCAGCAGUUGGGCACUUAAGUUUUUCUUACCUUCUGGCUAGUACCAAGAAAACUGUAAUGAACAUAAUUGAGGAUGUGUCCUUGUGUUCUGUUUUGUUUUUUCCUUUUUUUUUUUUUUUUUGGUGUACCAAACACAUAUUCCUGAACCUGAUAUAGCUGGGUCUUAGGCUGAAUGCAUUCCCAUUCUUCUGAGUACUCAUGAUAUUGCUUUCCAUGUUUGCAAUAUUAGUUUGCACCCCUACCUGUACUAGACGGUGGCACGCUUGCUCUAUGUUCUCACUAAUAUGAAAAAUCACUCAUUAUUUAUCUUUCUGAUGUGUAAUAUGGGAUUGUCUGUUAGGGAUUCUCUGUUUAAAUAUGUACCCUAUUUUAAAACUGGAAUUUUUAUUUUAUUUUAUUCCUUCCUCAGUCUUUUUUUAUUGGUUAUUUUAUUUAUCUACAUUUCAAAUGCUAUCAAUUUUCCCAGUUUCCCCUCAAAAAACCCAUGCCAUCCUCCCUUCUCCCUUCUACAAUGAGGGAGCUUCCUCACUCCCCCACUGACUUCUGCCUUGUAUUGCCAAGUAUUCCCCUACAUUGGAGCAUCAGGUCUCCACAGGACCAAGAACCUCCUCUCCCACCGAUGCAAGAUAAAACCAUCCUCUGCAACAUAAGCAGCUUGAGGCCUGAGUCCCUCCAUGUGUGCUCCUUGAUUGGUGAUUUAGUUCCUGGGAACUCAGUGGGUUCUGUUUAGUUGAUAUUAUUGUUCUUCCUAUGGGCUUGCAAAAUCCUUCAGUUCCUUCAGUCCUUUCCAUAACUCCACCAUUGGGAUCCCCAUGUUCAUUGUGAUGGUUGGCUGCAAGCAUUUGCAUCUAUGUUGGUCAGGCUCUGGCUGAGUGUCUCAGGAGGCAACCAUACUAGGCUCCUGUCAGCAAGCACUUCUUGGCAUUAGCAAUAGUGUUUGGAUUUGGUGUCUGAAGAUGGGAUGGAUCCCUAGGUGGGGCAGUCUCUGAAUGACCUUUCCUUCAGUUUCUGCUCCACUCUUUGUCCCUGCAAUUCUUUAAAAAGAAAUGAUUCUAUGUUAACAUUUUUUAGAAGGAUGGGUGUCCCCGUCCCUCAAUCAGGGGCCAUGAUAACCUCUGGAUAUGGUCUCUACAGGUUCUCUUUGUUGGGUAUUUCCACUAAUGUAGGACCCUAUUGGGUCCUAGAAGCCUCUUGCUUUCCUAGUAUCUGGAUCUUUCUAGUGGCUAAAACCAGUUCCCCAUCCCCCACUGCUACACACUUCUGUUCAAUUUCCUGACCCUCUUUAUUUCUCCCAUAUCUCUUCCCACACCUGAUCAUUUCCCUAAUUUUUCCUACCACUCACUCCCUCUCUCAGGUCCCUCCCUGCCUUUAUAUCCCGUGUUUGUUUUGUUCCUCUUUCUAAGUAGGACUGAAGAAUUCACUCUUUGGUCUUCCUUUUCCUUGAGUUCCAUAUGAUCUGUGACUUUUAUCCUGGGUAUCCCAAGUAGUGUGAAUGAUAUGAGGGGCUUCUUCAUUGAUCAGUGUCAAAAAGGCAGCUACACCAAGAUCCAACUUGACAAAAGAUACAAAGGCAGGGAGAUAAAAAGGCAGACACAUUUCAAGUUCAAGGUCAGCCUGGAACCCAGCAAGUCCAGGCCCAGGAGUGGUAAAAAUGGAAACUUCAGGGCAGAGUCCCAUUCAACUAGCUUGUUAUGUAUGCUUACCAAAGCAGACAGAUGUCUGAAUUCUUUUGCAAUGUUAAACAAUGUGGGCAUGCUGAUGUCUUAGAAUUGAAGGGUUGGGUUAUUGAGAUGUUGAUUUCUGAGAUACUCAAAUGGAAAUCUGGAGUAACUGAUUAGAUUGAUAUGUAAAAUAAAAUACUAGAGCUGUGUUAUGCAGGAGAUGUGCUAUCCUGUAUAAUUUUUAAGAUUAAAAGAAAUGGGGCUGGGGAUUUAGCUCAGUGGUAGAGCGCUUACCUAGGAAGCGCAAGGCCCUGGGUUCGGUCCCCAGCUCCGGAAAAAAAAGAACCAAAAAAAAAAAAAAAAAAAAAAAAAAAGAACUGCAUGGAGAAAACACACACACUACUCUUAGAGUAACAAGAAAGUCGGAUAUAUUCAGAGAGCUUUCCCCGGAGAAAGCAGAAUAUACAGAGAAGCAUGCUGGACAAACUGUAUAAAACAGAACACAGGUCAUCAGCUAGAAUACACACUUUACCUUCUAGUCAUGCCUUUUGCUAUUCCCAAGUCCCUGUUUUCUCAGAACCCAUCUCUGAUCCAAGGUUGGUCCUUGGCACCACUUGUUUAAGGUGCUGUGUAUUUCUGAGUGUGUCUAGAUGGAUUCUGUAGAAAACACUAGGUGUGCUUAUGUGAUUGGAAUUGUUCCAAAUUGGUUUAGCUCUCCAGGGUUUGUUCCUAGGGGAUAGAAAUUGUCCUUUCAGGUCUAUAAAGACUUGUUUUGAAAUAUUGAUGAGGAUUGUGUUGGACAUGUAGAUUACUUUUGGGAUGAUAGCUAUUAUUAUUUUAUUAACCCUACCAAACUAUGAGGAUGAAGGAUUUUACCAUCUUCUAUGUACUUCAGUUUCUUGAAAUUCAAAUUUUUAUCAUUCAAGUCUUUCACUGGCUUUUAAAAAGGUUUUCAAAUAUAUUUCAUUUUAUUUGUUAUUUAUUUCUCUGAUUUUUUUAAGUGCAUUUGCCAUUUUGACAUAGGCAUAGUGGAGGGUUUAUGGAUUGUUUUUUGGUUUUCAGUUAAUCUUGUAUCCCACCAUUUUCCUGGAAGUGUUUAUAAGCUGUAGAAACUUGGCAGUAUAAUAUUUAGGGUCACUAACAUAUACUGUCAUGUCAUUUAUCAAUUAGGAUAUGUUGACCUCUUACUAUCCAAAUUAUAUCCCCUGAUUUCCUUCAAUUGUCUCAUUGUUGUAGGUAGAACUCCAUAUUGUGCAUUGAAUAAAUAUAGACUGGUCAGCCUUGUUCCUCUGAGUUUAUCUCCAUUUAAUUUAAUAUUUGUUAUAGACUUACAAUAAAGUGUCUUUAUUAUGUUUAUUUCCAUCUCUUGAAUCCUGUAUACUUUUCUCAAAUUGUUAUCCUGCUCCCUUUGUGUAGUGUUAAAUAUUAAAAAAAAAAGAAAGAAAAAAAAAAAAAGACUAGGCACCCUAGUAUGCUAGUGCCUGCUACUUUGUGGCCCCAUGACUCUGCCAUGGCUAGCCCCAGCAGUGUCCACCCAUCUAGAUUCCCUGGUGGGUUCCUACCAUGCCAACUCCAUUCAAGGACCACCAUCUUGCUGUCAGCUGUCACAAAUCCCUGUAACUUGGCAAAAUCAAAACUUUUGAGGCUUGAAAUUUAUCAAUCAGAUUUAUAUCAGUAAAUUGUCAUCCCAAAAAAGUUCACACAAUAAACUCAGAACCAAUUGAUAUUGAUAUAAACUGCCUACCUAGAUAAGACAAAUUGUCCUGUAAUUAUACAUCCCUUAUAAGAUAUUCAUAGUUACCUGUGGCUAUUUGAAGCCACAUCUAUCUGGUUAUCUUUCUCUUCCUCCAUUUUCCUCCUUUCUAUCCAAUCUCUCCUGCCUCACAAAACUCUGCACCAGCCCUCCUUUUCUACUAUCACAGGCCUUUCCUUAUCUUGUGCCUGCCCUCACCUACACAUAGACAUCAACCUACAGCCUUGUGUUCUGAGUACUGGAGAUUGAGGGAAAGCUCACAGAUGCCCAGUUUAAACACUUAAGUUUUAUGUUCCUAUUCCUCCCUCUCCUUCACUCCCUGAUUUUGUAGGUAGUAGUUAUUAAUACAACAUCUAUUAUGUGAACUUAGUAUUGUUGAUCUAUUUCCUUGUCUCUUUAUGUCUGCUAAUUGGCAUUUUUCUUACAAGGGUAUAUCUAAUUCAAAAGGUGAAGAAAUGAGAGAUUUGAACCUUAUUAAUUCCGUUUCUUCUACAAUGACUCAGUGAUUACAUUACAACUUCUGUAUCAGUAAAUAAAUUGGGGAACACCACAAAAAUGUGUAUAUAUUGUCAAUGAAAUAUAUAUGUUCAAUUUAUGAGCAACAUGCUUUCUUUUGUACACAUGAAUGUGAUAUUGGAGAAGGCAGUUACAUAUGAUGAUGUGCAUUUGAACUUCACUCGGGAAGAGUGGGCUUUGCUGGAUCCUUCCCAGAAGAGUCUCUACAAAGACGUGAUGCUGGAGACCUACAGGCACCUCAGUGCUGUAGGCUAUUACCUGGAAGACCACAGUAUUGAAGAAAAUUGUGAAAAUUCUAGAAGACAUGGAAGGCAUCUUCACUGGGAUGAAAGAAUUCACACUGGUCUGAAACCCUAUGAAUGUGUGCAAUAUAAUGAGGAAUUUCCAAGUCACAAUCAUCUACAGAUACAUAAAAGAACACUUACCGGAGCCUUUGUACACUGUACUGGUCUUCAAAUAUAUACAAGAAAACACACAGGAGAGAAGCUCUGUGAUUGCAAACCCUGUAGUAAAGCCUUUGCAUGCCACAGUCAUCUGCAAUGCAAUAAGAGAAUGCAUGCUAGAGAGAAACACUAUGCAUAUGACCAAUGCUGUAAAGGCUUUGCACAGAUCAAUAGUCUUCAAGGGCUUGAAAGAGCACAUACUGGAGAGAAGCCUUAUGAAUGCAGCCAGUGUAGCAAAGCCUUUGCCCAUCACAGUGAUCUUCAACACCAUAAAGGAACACAUACUAGAGAGAAGCCCAGUGCAUGUAACCAAGGUGGCAAAGCCUUUGCCCAUCACAAUGAUCUUCAGAGGCAUAAAAGGACACAUACUGGAGAGAAGGCAUAUGAAUGUAAACAUUGUGGUAAAGCCUUUGCUCGUCACAGCCAUCUUCAAAGGCAUAAAAGAACACGUACUGGAGAGAAGCCCUAUAAAUGUAACCAAUGUGGUACAGCCUUUGCUUGUCACAGCCAUUUUCAAAGCCAUAAAAUUACACAUACUGGAGAGAAGCCGUAUGCAUGUAACCAAUGUGGCAAAACCUUUGCCUAUCCCAGUUAUCUUCAACGUCAUAAAAGAACACAUACAGGAGAGAAGCCCUAUGAAUGUAACCAAUGUGGCAAAGCCUUUGCAUUUCACCGCUAUCUUCAUCGCCAUACAAAAACACAUACUGGAGAGAAGCCAUAUGAAUGUAACCAAUGUGGUAAAGCCUUUGCUCGUCACAGCCAUCUUCAAAGGCAUAAAAGAACACGUACUGGAGAGAAGCCCUAUAAAUGUAAACAAUGUGGUACAGCCUUUGCUUGUCACAGCCAUUUUCAAAGCCAUAAAAUUACACAUAUUGGAGAGAAGCCCUAUGCAUGUAACCAAUGUGGCAAUGCCUUUGCCCAUCACAAUGAUCUUCACCGUCAUAAAAGGACACAUACAGGAGAGAAGCCCUAUGAGUGCAACGAAUGCGGUAAAUUCUUUUCACGUCGAAGUAAUCUGCAAUGCCAUAAAAGGACACAUACUAGAGAGAAGCCCUUUUAAUUUAACCAGUGUUGUAAAAAUUCUUCCUUUCACAGUCACCAUCAAAGUCAUAAAAGAACACAACCUAGAGAAAAUCCCUGUGAAUAUAACCAAAUUUGGUGAAUCUUUUGGACAGAAUGGUAAUUUUCAGAGGUAUAAAAGAAUAGAUACUAUAGAGAAUGUAAUCAACGUGAUAAAGCCGUUGCUUGUUAUAGCCAUCAGCAAUGCCAUAACAGGACACAUAUUGUGGAGAAGGCUUAUGAAUGUAAUGACUGUGGUAAAGCCUUUGCACACAACCAUGAUCAUCAAAGACAUAAAUGGAAACAGUGAAGAGAAACCCUAUGCAUAUAUCCAAUGCUGUAAAGCCUUUGGUCAUUAUGGUGGUCUUCAAAGGCCUCCAAAUGACACAUUGCAGUGAGGCCCUAUGCAUACAGUCAACUUGAUUAAGCCUUCGCAUAUCAGAGUCUCCUAAUGCAUGAAAGGAAUCAUACUGGAGAGAUAUAGUGGGUGUGUAUGUCUGACUUUUCCUGAUCUUGCAAUGCAUUUCCAACCAGGAUUUGUUCCUAUUCUUAUUGUCAUAUGUAAUCAGUUGUUCAGUUGAUAUCCCCAAAAGUUCUGCUCUUUUUUUUUAAGGAAUUGGCAGCGGACUGGAUCUGGGUGUGAUGGUUGGGAGAGUCGGUGUCUUUUUUUUUUUUUUUUUCCUUUUCUUUUUUUCGGAGCUGGGGACCGAACCCAGGACCUUGCGCUUGCUAGGCAAGCGCUCUACCACUGAGCUAAAUCCCCAACCCCAGGAGAGUCAGAAAGAAGAGGACAGAGGGUAAUCCAACCCCGGAACAAAACUCUGCCUAUAAUCUUUCCUGCUUAUACAUUGAGCUGGGGUAAUGGUAGCACAGAAGUAGUGGGGCUUGCCAACUUUUGACCAAUUUAAUUGGAUGCUCAUAAUAGAAGAAGAGUCUAUAAUUGACAAAUCUCACUGGAAAAAAAUUUAGGCAAGUAGUGGAUAGGAGAAGUGCUCCAAAGACCCAGGAUUUUAUUAUAGGAUUUUAUUGCCAGCUCUUGCUUCUGAUAUGUUAAAUAAGUUAGCCAGUUGUCCUGAGUUUCUUUGAGAUUUCAUAAUAUAGAAAUAGAUGAGCAGCCUGGAAAGAUGGCUGAGUGUUAAGAGCACUGACUGCUCUUCCAGAGGUACUGUGUUCAAUUCCCAGCAACCACAUUGUGGCUUAAAACCAUCAGUAAUGGGAUCUGAUGCACUCUUCAAGUGUGUCCGAAGAUAGUUACAGUGUCUGCAUAUAAAUAAAAAUUAAUAAAUCUUGAAAAAGAAAAGAGCAAGGGUUUGUGAAUUACUUCAUUCUACUUCAGGAUAUGUAAGUUAUUCAGCCCUAUGUUUUUUUUCUAUUUACUUGUAUAAAUGAUUUCUCUGCUUU